GGAAGCGGCGCCACAUGCCUGUACAAAGUCUAAUCAAAGCGUCGCUGGAGGUGAAUGGAAACAAGCCGUCUCCUUGACAAGUGUUUCCGUACAGUCGCUCAGUGGGUGUAAUGCCAUCAAAACACAGCCUCGGUCAUCCUGGCUUUUUUUUUCCUUUUUUUUUUUUCCUUUGAGGGGUUACUUUUCUCUUUUUUCUUCCCCUCAUAAAACCCCGCCUCCUCCCUGCUGCUCCUCCAAUAGCUGCCCGGCUCGGUCCUGUGCGCAGCCCCGGUUGGAUAAAGCCUGGCUCAGUGUUGGCUGCGCACACACAACACAACACAACACAACAGCCAGUCCUGCCUCCUCCGAGCGCAGCCCGGACACACACCGUACGAGAGUAAACCAUCACUGUGGAUAAUAUCUGCCGAAGGGACGUUUUUAUUUCGAGCUCCAUCGUGGAAAGCCUGUGAUCACUCGGGAGAACACUCAUGAAAGACCAGAGAGGACGCGGAGUGACAGCAUUUUAACCGGGACAGCGUGGAGGAGAGCGUCACGUUCAGCUGGUGGAGCGAAGACCAGAAACUCAGGGAUAUGUCCAGUAACACUGGAAGAGGUCAUGGGGGUCUUAACCAACUAGGUGGAAUGUUUGUUAAUGGCCGCCCACUUCCGGAGGUGAUCCGGCAACGCAUCGUGGACAUGGCUCACCAGGGGGUCCGGCCUUGCGACAUUUCCCGGCAGCUCCGAGUCAGCCACGGCUGCGUCAGCAAGAUCCUGGGACGCUACUACGAGACUGGCAGCAUCAAGCCUGGGGUGAUCGGUGGCUCCAAGCCCAAGGUGGCCACCCCGAAGGUCGUCGACAAGAUCGCAGAGUACAAGAGGCAGAAUCCCACCAUGUUUGCCUGGGAGAUCAGAGACCGGCUGCUGGCGGAGGGAGUGUGUGACAGCGACACGGUGCCCAGCGUGAGCUCCAUUAACAGAAUAAUUCGGACGAAGGUUCAGCAGCCAUUUAAUCUCCCUCUGGAUGGAAAAGGCCUGAGUCCAGGACAAACACUGAUCCCCAGUUCGGCAGUCACUCCUCCAGAGUCGCCACAGUCCGACUCUCUGGGCUCCACCUACUCCAUCAGCGGCCUGCUGGGAAUCCCACAACCCAACGCCGAGGGCAAGAGGAGCCAUGAUGACAGUGAUCAGGAGAGCUGUCGGCUCAGCGUGGACUCUCAGGGCAGCGGAGGCGUCCCCAGGAAACAGAUGAGAGUGGAUCACUUCUCCGCAGCCACGCAGCAUCUGGACUGUGGGUUUGAUCGCCACCACUAUCCACCGGACUCGUUCAGCUCCGCCUCCGGCAGCAAGACGGAACAGACUUUGUACCCGCUGUCCCUCAUCAAUGGCAGCCUAGAAGAGGCCAAGACCAGCCUGUCAACAUCCAGCUCUGCCAUUGGAAGGAAUCUGUCGGCACACCAGAGUUACACCAUGGUGACCGAGCCCCUACAGACGCUGCCACUCUGUCUGAAACAGGAAAUGUCCCCAGAAGUGACCAGCACAAGCCCCUCCCCGAACAUGGCGGUGCCCAACCUGGCGUUCGUGGAGCUGCAGGCGCUGCAGAAACCCAUUUCUGUCUCCGGUGGCAGCAGCAGCAACUGCAGCAGCAGCUCCAACCAUUUCCCCAAUGCCUUCAACUCAUUCUCCCAUCAUGCACCGGUGUACGGGCAGUUCAGCAGUCAGUCUAUCAUCUCAGGGCGUGACAUGGUGAGCUCCACCCUGCCAGGCUACCCACCUCACAUCCCCUCCCCUGCACAGACCGGAUACUCCUCCUCUGCCAUCACAGGGAUGGUAGCAGCAGGUACAGACUACUCGGGUCAGUCCUACACCCAUUCGCCCUACACCUCCUACAGCGAAGCCUGGAGGUUCACCAACUCCAGCAUACUGGGCUCGCCCUACUACUACAGCUCGGCCUCCCGCACCGGACCACCGUCUGCGGCCGCCUACGACCACCUCUAGUCCCCCUCCUCAGAGCUGAUGGACCUUCACACCAACACUGGAGAACUUUAACAUCAGCUGACACACGGACCAAGGCAUGAAGUCAGAACUGGAUGUGGACUUGAGACUCUGCUGUUGAAACCAGCGAUGCAUUGUGUGUGUUUUUGUUUAUUUACUCCAUACUCUCAUGGGCUACCCCACCUACUUCUAUUUAUUUGUCGUUACUGACACCGUUCCCCAGGGUAACUGUGACUCGUGCACGUUUACACAUCGCUAACACUCUCCAGGGCCUGUUUCCAGAGACUCAGCCUGACGUCUCACAUGGUGCAUUUUUUCAGUAUAAAUCUCUUUUAACACUGUUUUGGCCAAAGACUCUUUUUUUUUUCUUCUGGCACAUCUGCAACUUGACUCCACUGAUCCAGUGAAUAGGGAUAUGCAACUUCUUUAUACUGAACUAUGCCUGCUUUGUUUACAAUGUUCUUUUUUGUUAGAAAGAAAAGAAAAAGUGAAUCCUGUCCUAUCAUCUCAAAUCUAUUCUUGAUCUAUGUCUGCUUGCAAAAUUGAGUUUGUGAUUUGUUUCCAUUGUAGAUUCAGAUUUCCUGUAGUGAGCAUAGACUAAUAAGGCGACACACUGAAUCACAAUUUUGACAAAAAUGCCCCUCGAAGACAAUUAAUGAAUCUGUCUAGCAAUAUGUACAUACUGUAAAUGAUGAAUUACUUAUGGGAGAAGUGAUGCAAUUUUACUCUGAGAAUGACGGAUGGUGAUUUGGCUACUAAAACCAACAAGGCUUGAAAUACAUUUGUUUUUUUGCUUAAAAUAAAUUUAGUUUGCUGUCAUGCUGAUGUUCUGAUGUUUGGUAAAAACUGUGACUAUUUUUUCUUAUACUGUUAUUAAUAUUAUUGCAGAUGUAAAUAAUGAAUUUCUAAAGAAUUAUUUUUAAUUAAAGCAUGACAAAUUUA